GGUGUGAUAAUUUAACUAACAAACAUGAACAGGAGAUGGCAGCAAAGAGCCAUGAAAUGAACACUGCUAAGAGCCAAGCCAAGACUAUGCAGAAUCAGCUGAAAAACGUUCCAGCAACAGAACACAGAACAUAAGGAUCAUAUAGCAAACCUGGAAUCUGUAAUGUCUGAACAACGCUCUGAGCUAAGAAGCUGCAAGAGAACUUAUAAAGACAAGGUGGAAGAGCUCAAUAAGCAGCUAUUGAUCGCUAAUAUUAACCUGGAGAAGGCUCAGAAUGAGUGUGCUCAGCUCAGUCAAGAUUUUGGUAAACAGCUACAAGAAUUAAAUCAAUUACAAGAGGCCCAUACAAUG